UGUUAUUUAUUACAUAUUUUUUUUUAGUUCAUUUUUUUGAAUUGAUUGUGGAAAAUUUCAAGUAAAUUAUUUAUAUAUUUAUAAUACUAUAAAAUGAACAAUACUUCAUCCCAACCAAAUUGUUUAGCAAACAAUAAUAACAUUGACUUGAAACCAAUAUUUCUCAGUAAUUCCGUUUAUGAAUUUUAUAAUGAUAAAAAGAAUGUUGAUGACCAACUAACUAUAUGGGGUUUGGACAAUAUAAACACCAAUGACACAAGUACAGCAUUGUUUGAUACGAAUUUCAAUGAUUACUGUGAAAAUUUAAACUUUGAAGAACCAAUAUUAAAUGAUAAACAAUGCGAUUGCAAUUGUACCACUACGUGGCAGCAACUUAAACAAACUUUCGAAUUAACUGAUGAAGAAAUACUCAAGGGAUCUAAGACAUUAAAAUUAAUGUUCCCUGAAGAUAUUUUUUAUAGUUUACCGGUGGACCCUACUAAUGAUUACCAAGAUGAUAAUUUAGAUGAUUUUCUAUUAGAUGAAGAAUACAUGUACACACAAUUAGGAGAUUUUAAUGAAAUUGGCCCAUAUCAGGAUGCAAAUAUAGCUAUAAAAGAAAAAGAACCAAUUAUUGUUAAUGAACCCAAAGAACAACCAACUAUUAAAAAACCGAUUAGACCCGAAAGUAGACAAAACAAUGUAAUAGACAAAGAAAUGACAAAAUCUAACGACACAAAAGUUGUUAAUAAAAAUAUUGGUUCUAAAAGCCCUGACCAGAAAAACAUUAAAAAUAUAAAUCAGAAACAAAACUCUAAAAAUAAAUCGAAGUCAUCUAAAAAACAGAAUAAGCGUUGUACAAAAAGCAAAUUACUGGUAAGCUUAAAUAAUAAAAAAGAAGAAAACAGGAUGAAUAAAAUGAAGUAUGUAUACACAUUUGGUGACGACUACCGAGGUGGCAUAAAUUAUGGUCAUAAAAAUUGUGUUAAUUUUUGGAUGCCAAUUCCACAUAAUAAAGGUUGGAUUGAUGAUAAAUUUUUGGAAGCCGAGAGGAAAAAAACAAUCGACAAGAAAAAAUUACGAAUUGAGGAGGAACAACAGAACAGGAUAAAAGCCAUGGAAACUGAAAAGGCCACAAUGAAAAGAGCGAGACAGGAAAGAGCGGCAGUGCGUUAUCCUUCUUCAAACCCUAAAGGCAAAUCUAAGAAAGGAGUAAAAACCCCGAAAAUCAAGAAAUUGGAGGAGGCGGUUCCCGUAUUUAAAUUGAAUAAAAACCGCAGAGGCAUAUACACGGUCACUUUGAAUAAUACGAAUGAUGGGCGAUUGGAUAAGACGGAAGAGCCGGUUGUGUUCAAGUUAGCUGACCACACGAAGGACAAUGGUGAUGGGGACUCCACUUCAAGUUUCAACGUAGAAUUCAUCACACCAACGGCAAUCCACGCAUUGCGCUCGAAAAAACCCGUCAAGGCUAAAGUCGUGCAUCCUCCUAUUACGAUCGUCGAAGAAGUCCUACCACCGGUUAAACAGAUAAACAAAAAGAAAGUUUGAAGAAUUGUUGUUCGUAUUGGGCUAUAACUAUUAUUGAACUACUGAUAUUGGUACCGAAGUGAAACCACUAUUCUGCAACAGCGACGGCAAGCCUGUGUGGCUCAUGUUCUGACGGCAAGUCCACACGGUUUCAGUUCUGUGGUGAACACUGGCAUGAUUAGUUUCGAUCGAAAUCCAGGUUGGCGAUAACCGCACCGCAAACCCUGCGAUGCUGAUCUAUGCCAUCUACGUUAUUCGUUAGUGUUAUAGUUCCAUCCGAUAGUGAUUUUAACUUCGUACACACUUUUUACAAAUUAUAUUACACAUCAAUAUUCUUGUCCGUUAUUUUUAACCGUUUAUACAAUAUUAUAAUAAUAAUAAUAACAAAUAA